AUGUAGACUGAAAAUUAUCAAGAAUAUCCGGCACGUGUAAGCCGAGAUUUUAUCAAUGGAUCUUCACAAAAACAUCAAUACUGUCCAGAGAAGACAUCAUCAUUGCAUUCCAUAAAAGAAUAAAUCGUCUCUAUGAUGAUUUGGAAUAUUUAUGGAUAAGAUUAAGCAACCAAAAUAGCACAGCAGAAAUACUAAUAGCGCGAAGAUAUCUACUCGUUCCAGUAGGCGAUUUGAAGUUCGGUCACAAAGUCCCAAAUAUUAAUCUACUUAUUUUCUUUGCGAAGUCGACGCGUAUUCUCGCCAAUCAGAAAAUUCAAUAAAAGAAACAAGAUGAUUUCGGAUACGAUAGCGAACAUCACCAGUAUCCUUCAAAGUGCGGGAGAUUCCUGGAGACUCUCGAAAGAUGGGAAUCUUCAGGAGCUUCGUUCUACAAUCGACAGUAUCAUCCACGCGAAUCCGCGAUACGAGAACUAUUCGAGCACGAUCAUCGCCUUCCUCAGAGAUGAAAACGCGCUGGACCGCCGGGAUUCCCUGUACAUCGUGCUACCAAUCACAGUGAUCUACGUCGUGAUCUUCUUCACCGGCCUGAUCGGCAACAUCUCCACGUGCGUGGUAAUCGCGCGCAACAAGUCCAUGCAUACCGCUACCAAUUAUUAUCUCUUUAGCCUCGCAGUAUCUGAUCUGCUGCUACUCGUGUUUGGACUGCCGCCAGAGAUGUAUUACAUAUGGUCGCAUUAUCCGUAUGUCUUCGGCGAGGCAUUCUGUAUUAUUCAGAGCUUCGCUUCAGAGACCUCGGCUAAUGCCACCGUUCUCACCAUCACGGCUUUCACCAUCGAGAGGUACGUGGCGAUCUGUCAUCCCUUUAUUUCACAUACAAUGUCGAAACUAUCACGGGCGGUAAAAUUUGUGGUGGCGAUAUGGCUGUUGGCCCUCUGCCUCGCCGUACCACAAGCUAUUCAAUUUGGCAUCGUCUACGUCGACGACGCCGACAACGACACCGCCGUCUUGGACAGUGCAAGGUGCUCACUACGGUGGACACUAAUCGAGCAUGCGUUUGAGAUCUCAACCAUCCUAUUCUUUGUGCUGCCGAUGACAAUCAUCACCGUGCUGUACGUGUUGAUUGCCAUCAAAUUGCGACGCUCGAGCCUGCUAUCUACCACCGUCAGUAAAAGGCAUCAUAUUCACGGUGUAUUGAAUCACGUGGACAGCAGCAGAGGGAAAACGAACGCUCAAAGGAACGUUAUUCGCAUGCUCGUUGCGGUGGUGGUGGCCUUUUUCAUCUGCUGGGCGCCGUUUCACGCUCAAAGGCUGCUAGCUGUGUACGCUCAGAGCAGCUCGUCUGAACCGGAAGAUACCAUGGUCAUAGUCUACACCACGCUCACGUACGUGUCGGGAGUGUUCUACUAUUUAUCUACCACAGUGAAUCCUCUCCUCUACAAUAUCAUGUCUAACAAGUUCAGAGAGGCUUUCAAGUCGAUGCUGCCCAAGUAUUGCAUCAGGAAGUUCUCGUCUCACAAGGUCAUCCGUCGACAACCAACUUAUAGCAGUUUGUCGCGGUAUCAGAGGUCAAUAAGGCAUCGAUUCGAUGAUGCUCAACACUCGCCCUCGGUAUCCAUCAGCGACGAACAGCAACGAUUAACGCAUAUCGCACUGGCGAACACGAAUUUCUGCGAGCCAAAUGGACUCGUAAAGUCACAGAACGAGCGAGAGGGACAGCCUGCGAUUAAAGAAAUCGUAGGCUGCCAAGAUUAUACCAGAAGAGUGUCCAGGGACUCCGAUUGCAGCCAACUUACCAUGAUGACAACAUUGAGCAAGCAAGGCUUGAACAGUGAGGGCAACAAUAACACUAACGAGUGUCUCUUGAGGAUCCAGAGAUCGCCGAAAGCUGUCACUUUAGGAAUUCUCACGGAGAGACUGGGCAUUGGUACAAAAGGAUUCUUCGCGCUGCAUCGGAAGAAUUUGUUGACUAGUCCGAUGAAACCAAAAUUGGAAACCGCUAUUGCGAUGCGACCACGAUUUCAGAGUCAUCCGAGCAUUGAGAGCGCCAAUACGAUGAGCAACUCCAGUCUGCAGGACUUUGACGAGACCGAAUUCACCGAAACGGAGUCGUCGCCUUAUACACACACACAUACACACAUGGGCGAGUUAAAUUUCGAACUCGUCACUUGAUGUUCAUUUAUCUCGACAGAAUGUCGUCUCUCGAAUUAGACGCCGAGCUCAAAUCAAAUAACGCUCUUUGGUUGUGGAAACCGCGGCGCAGGUUUGUACAAACUUCUAAUUCAAGAGAAGGUCACAAUCAAGGCAAAUCUCGAUGCAACACAGAUUUAGCUACGUUCUAAACAGUUGCAUUAUCGAGAUAAUCAGCGGAACUUACAUCAAAGAUGAGAGAGUAUCGCAAAGAAUUAUUGUAAAAGAAGAAAAAAGGAACUGAUCCAAUCAUUACGAUCACAUAAAAAUAUACAAAAUAUGUGGAAAUUAAAACGAUAAUGUAAAUAAAAGACAUUAAAAUCAUCGCUUGUGGUUUGUGGACCUGAAAGGAACGCAUAAGCGCUUAUGCGUGUUGCUUUACGCAAAGAACCGAGCCGGAAAUUAUAACACGAAUACAAGAUGUAAAGCAUGCGUGAAUGUUUAAUAUCUAAAGUGCGAAUAUUAUACUUCCCUGUUCUAUAGUACGGCUGUUAAUAACGCUUCUCUGCAAACACGAGAGAGAAUUUGCAGAUG